GGUGCAAGAAGUGGUCAAUGAGACGUAAUUGAUGUUUGGCUAAAGUGUUGACACUUUUCCGGAUUUACAAAAGACAUUGAAUUGAGUUUUGUUUCCGGACCUUACAGUUGAUCCACUUUUGACCACAAUUUGGGCGUUGAUUGCGUUGGUUGGCAGGAGGUCUCGAUUGGCGGCCGUCGUGUGGAUCAGUGGACACGCGUCAGAGCGGAUCCAAUGAAUUACAUGAAAGCGAUGGAAAACAGCGGAGAACUGCUCAACGAUUGCAUCAAAUUAGUGAAACUCAAUGCAAACAACCCUUUGAGUAUGGCGACCACCGCAGGCAACAUGUCUCCCAUGAGUUCGGGUCAACUGAACCCAAUGUCCGCAAUGUCUUCGAUGUCCCAAAACAUCAAUUUAGUUGAUUUGGGAAAGAAGUUGUUGGAGGCCUCGAGGAAUGGCGAGACCGACGAAGUACGCGCUCUCAUGCAGUCGGGCGCGCCCUUCACCACCGACUGGUUGGGCACAAGUCCUCUACACUUCGCCGCACAGUUUGGUCACUCGGAAACGGCCGAAGUGCUGCUGAGGGCCGGCAUUAGUCGCGACGCCCGCACCAAAGUGGACAGAACUCCGCUCCACAUAUCGGCACAGGAGGGACACCUGUCCAUCGUCUCACUGCUGAUUAUGCAUGGAUCAGAUGUGGACGCAAAGGAUAUGCUGCGGAUGACACCACUUCACUGGGCCGUCGAGAGGGGGCACACGGAUGUGGUGGAGUGUCUGCUCAGUAAUGGCGCCGAUAUUAACAUUCAGAGUAAGUUUGAAAAGACUCCGAUCGACAUCGCCUACGAUAACGGCAGACUCGAAAUGGUUCCCACUCUUCAGAAAUACGUGGGAAUCACUCGAUCUAAACCGGAACCAAAGCCCACGUCCGCACCGGCAGUCAAGAUGAGGCCAAUAGUGUUGCCCAACAAAGCGAACCGAACGUCAAAGUCUCCCAAAAACUAUUUGCAUUCAAAUAAACCCAUAUUUCCCGCAGGAGUUAACUGGAAGAGAGGAGAGGACGGAAGCACUGCUAACCCAGUGUUGACCACUUUGGCGGCAUUGGCUGCGGCCGGUUCCGGGUGUUCAGUAGGCGAUGCCCUUCAAUGGUUGGAAAGUCAGGGCAUAUCUGUGAACAGUCCGGCCACUGAUUCUGCGAUAUUCCAGAACGCCUUCGAAAGCGGACAAACCAUGUCUUUGACAGAAGCGGGAAAACUUGCGCUUAAUUUUGUAAAAGACCAACAAAUUCAACGACCGAUACAGACGUCCUCAUCGGUCACCACAAACGUGACGAACAGUACGACGAGUGGUUCGACCAACAGCUCCAAAGUGAUCACAAUAGUGGCCGACAGCGCACAACUGCCCCAAAUCAUAAGCAGCACUCAGGCCACACCCAUUGUGGUGGUCAGUGGCUCCGGACUCUCCGACUCGCAUGACUCACAAUCACCAAAUCCAUCACAAAAAUUCACACAAAUUAAUAGAAAAAAUAUAAAUACUAUUAAAAUAAAUAAAACUCUGACCACAACUACUGCCAGACUAAACAGUAUAUCGAAAUCUCCGAUAAAACACGUGUUAAUCUCGAAUUCGUCCACUGAUUCGGGUUUUGAAGAUAUUGUCAAAGAAAGAGACAGUCUUUUGCAGGAAUUGAAGACAACUAAACAACUUUUAGAAGAAUAUAAGAAUAAGUUAUUAGAAAAGGAUAAAGAAUUGUCGAGAAGUAGACAAGAGUUGCAAGAAUUGCGAGCCAUUCAUAAGUGAUUCAUUAAAAACAUUUUCCAUUAUUUAAUUUAAGCCAUAAU